ACAACACAGUCAAACUGACCUGCAGCGUAACAUAUUCUUUUGGCUAGAAACUCCAGAUGCGUUAAGAGUAUUAACUGCAAUACAGAUCGGCAAAUCAGAGAUUCCUUGGCUUGGGAUAAAAUACGACGUCAAGCCUGUUUUGUCGAAAGUGGGGAUGGGUAAACAGCCUGUUUAACAGGAGCAGCUGGAAAGAUGGAAACACAAUACUUUGUCCGUGGCCUCCCCCCAUCAUGACCUCUUGGGAAAUGAAGACGCGACACCAUCAGAAGGAGGCCCGCGGUCCAGAUUCUUCACAGGUUCAGGCAGAUAUUGAGAUUCUGACAGUUUCCGGACACAAUGCCUUAACUGGAGCAAACUAUGAAGAAGCGCUGGACUGCUUCAGGAAGGCUUUUAAAGCUUCUUUGAUUCUGAAGGAGUCCAGGGUUCAGCAGGCCUGCGCGUUUAACCUGGGCGCUGCGUAUGUGGAAUCCGGCAAGCCGCAGAAGGGCGUGGAGUUCCUGAGGCGGGCCCAGCCUGGAGAGAGAGGUGAUCGUGUAGCAGACCUUCAGUUCAACCUGGGCGCAGCAUACGAAGGCCUGAAGAAUCCAGUCCGUUCAGCGAAGCACUACCUACAGGCAGCUCAGCUCUACCGUUCUCAGGGGGAGGAGAGCAGCGAAGGCGAUGCCUGCAUGAAGCUUGCCCUCUGCUACCUCUGUCUCCAGGACUGGGCCCAAGCAGCUCAGAGUUACCAGAGGGCUGGGGAAAGCUACAGGGUUGCAGGCAGGUUAGACGCCUCUGCUGUUGCUCUGAAGGAGGCAGCCGAGAUCAUGCUCCAGAGUGAUGGCUUUACCGAGGAUGACGUCGUGAACGUGCUUUCUGAGUGCUUGGAACUGAGCGCCAGCAUCAACGAUUCAGAGAUAUUAGGUGAACUGUACAAUGACAUUGGCAUGAGCUUCUCUCAGUUAAAGAUGUUCCAGGAAGCAGCAGGGUGUUUUAAGCAAGCCUUGCCUCUGGCCCAGUCCAUGCCUCAUAGGCUUGCUGUGGUUUUGCAGAACAUGGGUGCUGUGCACAACACGCUGGGCCAGUACCAAGAGGCCCUGAACUACCACUGGCAAGCUGUCGCACUACAUGGAACCCUGGGCAGUCGUGGCGCUCAGGGUCAGUGCUUCAGUAACCUGGCAUUUGCCCUCAGUCAUCUGGGUGACCAUGAGCAGGCUGGAGAGAACUACCUUCAUGCCCUACAGGCUUUCAAAGAUGCAGGAGAUCCCCAAGGUCAGUGGCAGGCUUGUGAAGAACUGGGAACUACCUGGGUCUGUCUAGGAAACCCUAAAAGAGCAACACUGUAUUACAAACAGGCCCUGGGCAUGCUGUCAAAAUGCAAGGACUUUCCAGAAGGGGCACAGGAACGAGUGGUGGACAAGCUGACCAGUGCCGUCCAGGACUGGCUGUCCCUGCAGAACCUGCUGUCCCAUGGAAGGAGUCCGACCCCUGUACUGCCUCAGACAGGUAAUUUUGAAGGAAAUGCCACCCCACAAAGAAACCCUCACAACAGGAUUCACCACAAACAAGCUUCACUGAGAUUUGCUGGUGGCACAAUGGCAAAGCCUUCCGAUCCCCUCUGUACAGGACUACGUCCUCUGGAUUUCAGCCACCAAAGCAGGAAAGGGAACAUGCAUAGGCAUAAAAUGGGGGAUACUUCCCAGGGGUCUACUGCUGAAUCUCUGAUCUCAGGACAGGGGCAGGACCAGCAGAUACCAGGCACCAGUAGGAAGGAGUGGGACAAUGACAGGCUGUCCCCAAAUAGAGACUCAGAUUCGUGGCUGAGGGGCCCACAAUCAGAGUUGACCAACAGUCAUACAGUUAUGGAUGAGGCCAAUAGGAAUCUGAACAAUACUUGUUUACAGCCAGUCCUCCACUGCCAAAAGCCAGCAGUCUCAGAUGUCUGUGGAGCUGCCCAGUACAGUAAUCAUGAGAAGACAACAGAGAACAACAAUCCUCCCCUGGCCCAGAGCUCAAUGUCAUCUGUUGGUGAAGAGGAACCCAUGCCCUUACACAGGAAACUGAAAUCACAAGUGUGUACCAUUAUGUGAGAUUGCUGAAGCUGAACAAUUCACUUGCGCCUUUAAGGAUUAAAGAUUAAAGACUUCUGUAACCCUAACAAUAUGAAUUAGUAUAUCCUGUAAAGAGUUUUUCUGCAGUGCUUUUGUCAAUAUGUCCUCAAGAAAAU